CUUUGAUCUUCGAGAGAGUUGAACAGAAAAACGUUUUUUUUUCUCAUAACUUUUUAAAUUGAGCCGUCACAUCAAGAAAAGUGGUUGUGAUCACACGAUAAUCGGUCUGCGAAAAUUGUGUAAUAAAAUUAUCUCAUUUUGAUGUUAAUCGGAUACUAUUAACCAUGGCAGAUCAUUUUAAAAAUAUGUAUUCAAUACCGCUGGUGAUACUAAUAUUUGUGACAAUAUUUGCAGCUGCUAAGCCAGUACCAGAUCGAUCCAAAAUUCGAAUUCACGUUCCCGUGAAACAUCAUACGCAUUACCACACCAAAACAAUAAUCAAGCACGUUCCAGUAAAACAUGAAUAUGAAGAGGUUCAUCACAAACCAUACAAAUAUCCUCAUCAUCACCAUCAUCCCCAUCGCUCUGUAGCUGCUGUCGAUGAUGACGAUGACGACGAAAUUAUAUGGCCGCAAAAGUCUCACACCAAGAAGAAGAAAUUCCAUCAUCCCUUCAUUAAGAAAUAAUGUAGAGGAUUGAGUUAAUGCGUUGAUAUACAAUAAAGGAACAACAUUUACCUGUCUGUCUAUACCUGAAAAUGAUUAAAUUUAAUUUUUAACUUUAAUUAACUGUUGAAAAGUUACGAAAUGUGCAAUUUUUUAAAGCCAAAUUCCUUUUAUUUAAUUUAAUUUAACGUUAAUCAAGCGAAAAAUGCUGAUUCUUUUAUAUUAAUGAAAUUGAAAUUGAAAGAAACAAAAAAAAAACUUUUGACUCAUCGACACUCUCAUAUUAUGCAUAUCAAAUAAAUGUAUUGAGAUUGAAUUGGGUGUUAUGUCAUUUGUGGGCAUAAUUUUGAUAUUUUUAUUUGUUAAAGAAGAAAAAACUUUCUUUUUUUUCAUCUGUUUCUUUGAUUUCUGCGUAAACAAUGUCACUAUGUUUUAAGUUGGAUUUUUUGUUGUUGUUGUUGUAUGUUCGCUGCUAU